AUCGUGCUUCCUUGUUGACAUUUCGCGGAGCUAAAAGGCGGGUAAACGGGGACGCGAGGACGCUGGACCCGGCGUUAGCGCGUUGUUUGGCGGUUUAUCUCCGGAGAGGAGCUCGGUGCUUCAUCACGGGACGGCGCGGAGGAGCAGGCGGCACCGAUGGCGGCUAAAAGAGGAGCUCUGAUCGUGCUGGAGGGGGUGGACCGGGCCGGGAAAACCACCCAGUGCCAGAAACUGGUCCAGGCGCUGCAGCAGAGCGGCAGACCCGCGGAGAUGAUCCGGUUCCCCGACAGGACUACGACGAUUGGCAAGCUGAUCAGCGCCUACCUGGAGAAGAAGAGUGAUCUGGAGGACCACACGGUGCACCUGCUGUUUUCUGCAAACCGCUGGGAGCUGGUGCCUUUAAUGAAGAAGAAGCUGGAGCAGGGCACCACCCUGGUGGUCGACAGAUACGCCUUCUCUGGAGUGGCUUUCACCAGUGCAAAGCCGGGUUUCUCUCUGGACUGGUGCAUGAAACCUGACGUGGGACUGCCGAAGCCGGACCUGGUCAUGUUUCUGCAGCUCAGUCCGGCUGAGGCCGCUCUCAGAGGUCAGUUUGGAGAAGAGAGAUACGAGACGAGCGUUUUCCAACGAGCGGUUCAACAGAAAUUUGAACAGCUGAUGAAGGAUCCUUCGGUCGACUGGAAGGUGAUUGAUGCCUCUCAGAGCGUCGAAGACGUGCACAAGGUCAUCACGACGCACAGCCUGAACACCAUCAACACGGCUCAGAACCUCGAACUGGGAAAGCUGUGGACGUAAUCCCGAACCAGUCUGCAGUCACUCUGCUGGUGGGAGACCAACACAGUCUGCUGGAGCAGCAACUAAACAGCAGCAAACAACUUUCUUCACGCUUCACUUAACCCUUUGAAACCUGGAGCGACGUCACUUUUCUUGUGCUGCG